AUGAACAACCAAUGGAGUUGCAGCCGCUGUGGUAGCUUGAAUUCCGCAAGUAGUUUAAUUUGCUCUACCUGUGGUUAUGAGCACCUUUCCGAUACGGAGGAGGAGGAGGAGGAGGUGUAUAUUUCGGAUAGUGAAGAUAAUCUGGAGCAAAUCCCGCUGUUGCAAGCAGAUGAACAACAAGCAAAUCAGAGAGAGCGUGCACCUCGCACUAUAAGUGACGAGCAGGCGCAGGAAUUGCGUUCUCAACUUCUGAGGAUUCUCGAGCUUUAUGAGAAUGAGCGUCAACGUCAGGCAGCCCAGAAUGGAAAUGAAGCUACAAAUGGUAAUACCCCUACCAUUCCUGCUGCGAGAGGUCGUCGAGUUGUAUCAAUAUCUAUUAGCAAUAUCUUAUCGAACGCCAGUGAAGGCAUUCUUUACACGAUCGAGGUUGCCCCUUUGAUAGGAAUUCUGUUCGUUUUUAUUAUAGCCUUCGAGCACAAAUGGAUCUUGUCUGUCUUCUUACUGUGGUGUACUCUAACGUAUAUUCAAGAGUACUUCCGCGCCGAAUUCUCUAUGAAAGUGGCCAUUUUUGUUGCCUCUCACUCCAGGACACCAUCAAUCGGAAAUCGCUAA